GAUGAUUCAUACCCUGUUGUGUACUCAGUCAAAUGAAAUUUGAAUUUCAAUCUAUGUGUGCUGAAUCCAACCGCCUGCUCGCUCCCUACUUUUUAAGAAGGCAUCAGUGCAGAUUCUCCGGCGUGGUGUUUACAGGUGAUUUAUCUCUCCCCAGUGCGUCCCCGAGACUCCAAAGAGGCGACAUUUUUAAGACAUUUAAGCUGUUUUUAACGAUAACGCUCUAAUCUUUGAGCUGGAGAAAGGACGCACGCGUCUUCAGGAAAUGUUUAAAGUUUCUGUGUGCAUGUGCUUAUGUUGUGUGUGUGUGUGUGUGUGUGUGUGACGGACGGGUAUCAGCAUGGAUUAGUGAGUAAAGGUAAGCGUGUGUCUCUCCCUGUCUAGGCGGAUUUCCAUCCCUCUCCUCUCCACUCCGGUCACACACACCGACCUCGUUUGAACCGCCGCCGCCGUCUCAUCUCAUCCUCCUCCGAACCACCCGCUGCCGGCUCAUGGCGCCGUAACACUCGCGUUUCUUUGUGAGUGAUUGGUUGGUUUGGUGGUUGUUUUGUUUUGGUGCUCGGACCGUCGUGCGAUGCCAUUACUCCCUAAAGACACCGAGCGAUUUGAUGGGCUGUCUCUCCUCUACUGGAUGAUCAUGGGCCCGCACGGCAUCAACCGAGCCGUACACAGGCUGGAGUUCUGCGACUGCAAGAAGGGACUCGGUGUGAAGAUAAUCGGAGGUUACCGAGAGCUGACAGGAGAAGAGUUUGGCAUCUACAUCAAGCGGGUUAUAGCCGGUGGGCUGGCCGCUCUGGACGGUCGGCUUAAGUCAGGUGACCUGAUUUUGGAUGUCAAUAACACCAGUCUGAUGGGCGUGACCAAUGAGAGGGCGGUGGAGAUCCUGAGGACGGCCUCGCUCUCUAAUCACAUGUCCCUGCUGGUCGCCAGAGACGACGAAUCCAGGAGGGAGUUUUCUGAGCUGAUGGAGAAGUACGGCUCUAAUCAUCAUUCAGGACGAAUCUCUCCCACUCAGCUCUGCACAGGGAAGUUGACGGACACGGCCUCGUCCUCGUCCUCCUCCAGGUCGGAGAGCCCCCAGCUGCUCAGUCCUAAAGAGGGGGGGGUCACCGCCUACACCCACGCCUCCACGCACACCGUGCACACCGUGCACACGCCCACGCACGCCUUCAGCGACAGCGGCAUUCAGUUGAUAUGCGUUGCCAAGGGAACCGGCCUGGGGCUCAUCAUCAAGGGCGGAGCCAACCGAGCAGAAGGACCAAUGGUGUUCAUUCAGGAAAUAGUGCCUGGAGGAGACUCCCAGAAGGACGGCAGGCUGAAGGUCGGAGACCAGCUGGUGUCCAUCAACAAAGAGUCCCUGAUCGGAGUGACGUACGAGGAGGCCAGGAGCAUCCUGACACGCACCAAACUCAGACCGGACCCCACGGUGGAGAUCGCCUUCAUCAGGCGGCGGUCGUCGUCCAGCUCCAGCAGCGGGCCUCACAGCCCCAUCUCCCUGCAAGGAACCGCUGGCGGACCCCAGACAAGGGCCCCGGGGCCGGGCUCCGUGCCUCCGCAGCCCGCCGUGGUCACCAAGAUCACCUCCAGCAGGAACCCGGCCUGUGAGACGCUGCCGGCCGUCAACGUCAGCCAGGUGCGAGUGUCUCCAGUCAGAACGGAGCCGACACGUGUCUCGUCUCCACCGGAGAACGACAGCAUCGCUGAGACCAACCCUGAGGCGGCCGGCAGUCAGCAGCCUCCUCUGAGGAAAUGUUCCCUCAACGCCAGCUGUCGCCUCAAACUGGAGAGACUGGAGCAGGCUCUGGAUCUGCUCGGUCUGAAGCCGACAGAUGCUCAGCGGCAAGCGCUCCGGUCCAGACUACGAGCUGAUCCAGCGGGGACGGUGGCCUUCACAGACUUUGAGAGCCAGAUCAGGGAUCUGUUCAGGCCUCAGCUGGAGGAGUUGUCCGUCAGCCAGCCCGGGUCCCGGUUCACGUCUGACGACCUGUCCAGUUUGUUGGAGUCGCCGACCAACCAGAGGCCGUCGCUGUCCGACUCGGAGGACCUGGAGGAGAUGGAACGGCUGAGGAAGGAGCACAUCGAGGCUCUGAGGGAGAUCAAGAGGCUGCAGGAGCAGCUGGUGGAGUCUCAGAGAGUUCACCGUCAGAUGGAGGAGGAGCUCAGCAAGGUCACGCAGGAAGUGAAACUGGGAGCGGAGGAGAGUCGGGCUCUGAGGACUCGGAUCCAGCUGGCCGAGGCGGCUCAGAAGCAGGCCAGAGGGAUGGAGAUGGACUACGAGGAGGUGAUCCACCUGCUGGAGGCCGAGAUCGCCGAGCUGAAGGCUCAGAGAGUGGAGCAACCGGCGCCGACCAAUAAGGACGAGACGGAGGAGCUGAAGAAGAGAGUCGCCGUCCUGGAGUGUCAACUACGGAAGAGCGAAGCAGCCAAAAAGGGCUUCGAGAUGUCGACGGGGAAACUGUUGAGUUUUGUGGAGAACGUUCAAGAGUUCCUGCUGGAGAGUCACGGACCAACGAAGAGCUACAGCUCCGGAGACGUUAAAGUCGGAGCCUCGUCACAAGGCCUCCCUCCUCGCUACAAGAAGAGUCCCUGGACGGCGGCGACGCUCGCCCAGGAGGCGAAGGAGCUCACACGGACUGUCAGAGCCAUCCUGGAGGUCGACUUGCUGACCUUCUAGAGGACGCCACUGUCAGCACGACUCGGAGACGUCUGCAGGACGGCAACCACCAACCGUCAACCCAAACUCUCUCUGUUCCCUGACAACUCCUCGUCUCCUCCUCAGUAUCUGCUAGCAAUGGACUCAUGUCUUAACUCUGCAUGAAACACCGUCUUCUCAAUAGUCAACACCAACUAAACAGCACUUUUACUCCAGUGGUUUAACCUGAAUGAUGUGGAGAAGAAAUGCACGAGGUGCACUCAUUGUACAUAUUCAAAUUCAUGAUUUGCUGUAGCGUGAAAACGUAAUGUUUUUAUUGAACGCUCGUCACUCAAACUGCAGUUUUAUCUGAAAACAUUGAUGGAAACAAUCAGUUCAUCUUUUGAGGUUACUACACAGGAAGGAGACCAUCGUAAAGUAGACGGACUACAUGAACGUUUAAAUCUUUUGGUCACCUUAUUAAAUAUGUGAUGAGAGUUCUGUUGCAUAAAGUCUGUCAGCUAAGAUUAUCGGCCAAGCUACUGAGGCUAAACGUGUUAGCAUUCAUCAGAAUCACAGUGCCAAAACACUCGUCAGAUCGUCGGUGAAGUGAGAGAUGGACAAAACUCCCAAACGUUGGUGUAGUCCUUUAGAUUCUACCCAACCUCUAGAAUCUGUUCAGCAUCAACACAUAACCUUCAUUCAACAAGCAAUAUAAACGUCAUACGGUAGCUAAACUUAGACAAUAACUCACAGUAGCUCUCUGUCAGUCUCACGACUCUCUGUUAUCUGAUCCAUGUUUAGCUUUGUGUUGGAGCGGCUGAAUGCUCGUGUCUGUGCUUUAGAUUAUAGCCAACAAAUCAAAGACUAGAAGCAUCAUCCUGACAAACCUCCAAACACGAGGUCAGGAAGGAAGGACGGAGGUCAAGGAACCACAACAUUCAUAUGGGAAUGCAGCCGUCGGUGGUGUGACACCAGCAAUGAUUACGGGACACUUCCAGCCUGAUUGGACGCUUUAGACGCUCUCAUCAUGUUUGGACUUGUUUGCUGUUUGUCCUUUUUCUGAGUAAAUAUUCUGAAACAAACAUAUCGUGAGUUCUUCUUUGUGAAGAGGAGCAGCCGUUAGAAGCUGUGUCGUUAUCAUUUCUGGAUUAUUUCACAGAUUAUAGCUGCUGGAAGAGUCUGGAUGUAGUUAGUUAGUCAGUUAGAUCGAUUUCAAUAACCUGUAAAGACCUUCAUUUUCAUAUCAACAUUUAUACAUCAACGUUGUGUGUUUUAAAUAUUCGCUUGUGGUGCUUUUGCUGUUUCGAAACUGCUUUCUCAAUUACGUUUAGGUUUAGGCAACAACUCUACCUUUUGGGUUUAGUAAAAGACCAUGUUUUGAGUUAAAAUAAGUAUUUCUGAUUUCACACAGGAAACGAACGAU